AUGGUGACCGUGGAGGAGAUCCGGCGGGCACAACGAGCCGAUGGCCCAGCAACGAUCAUGGCCAUCGGGACAGCCACGCCACCAAACUGUGUCGACCAGAGCACGUACCCGGAUUACUAUUUUCGGAUAACAAAGAGUGAGCAUAUGACAGAACUCAAAGAAAAAUUCAAGCGCAUGUGUGACAAAUCCAUGAUCAGGAAACGUUACAUGCACUUGACAGAAGAAAUCCUGAAAGAAACCCCCAAUGUGUGUGCAUACAUGGCACCUUCACUGGAUGCUAGGCAGGACAUAGUGGUGGUUGAAGUCCCAAAACUAGGCAAAGAAGCAGCCCAAAAGGCAAUCAAAGAAUGGGGCCAGCCCAAGUCCAAUAUUACCCACCUAGUCUUUUGCACCACCAGUGGUGUAGACAUGCCUGGUGCAGACUACCAGCUCACCAAGCUCCUCGGCCUCCGUCCCUCGGUCAAGCGCCUCAUGAUGUACCAGCAGGGUUGCUUCGCCGGUGGCACAGUCCUCCGCCUCGCUAAAGACUUGGCAGAGAACAACCGAGGUGCUCGGGUACUCGUGGUUUGCUCGGAGAUCACUGCAGUUACAUUUCGCGGGCCUAGUGAGUCUCAUUUGGAUAGUCUUGUUGGCCAAGCACUUUUUGGUGAUGGGGCAGCCGCGAUUAUAAUUGGGUCGGACCCAGUGAUCGGAGUUGAGAAGCCAUUGUUCGAGCUCGUCUCGGCUUCCCAAACUAUUCUCCCUGACAGUGAUAGUGCCAUUGAUGGACACCUCCGCGAGGCUGGGCUAACAUUCCACCUACUAAAAGAUGUGCCUGGGCUCAUCUCCAAGAACAUUGAGAAAAGCCUGGUGGAGGCAUUUAGGCCCUUGGGCAUAUCUGAUUGGAACUCAAUUUUUUGGAUCGCUCACCCUGGUGGGCCUGCAAUUCUAGACCAAGUGGAAUUGAAGUUGGGCCUCGAGCCCGAUAAACUACGAACCACAAGGCAUGUGCUAGGUGAGUAUGGGAACAUGUCAAGUGCAUGUGUGCUGUUUAUACUAGAUGAAAUGAGGAAGUCGUCGGUCAAGGAAGGGCUCGACACCACCGGGGAGGGGCUCGAGUGGGGCGUGCUCUUUGGGUUGGACCAGGGCUCACCGUUGAGACGGUGGUGCUUCACAGUGUGUUCAUUUGACCGGGCCAACGUUUCUCAACUUCCAUUUGUGGCUUGGUUGUGUAUUUACUUUGUGUGUGUUUCCUUGGUGUUGAAUGAAUUUUCACAGGACCUACAAUAGUGAUGUUGCAAUGAAAAGAAUUACUUUCGG